AGAAUUCAACACUUGCCCCAGUUAAAUUGCGCGAACAACUGUCGAAACAUACACAGAGAUCAGCUGUGUGCUCGUCGUAUAAUGGCAAGGGGCCGUAGGAGUUCUUCACCAGACGACGAUGGUUACAAACGUUUUACCGAAGACAUCCACAAUGUCUCGUACGGUUCGAACAGCACCAUUGAAGGUGACGAAAUGGGCAGCCGAUCGACAUUGUGCUGCGAUAACGAUCAGGAGAUGGAACGAGGGGAGGGCAAUUGGGAGAUGAACUAUCAUGAGGCGGCUAUUUUUUUAGAGGAAGGACAGAAUAAUGAGAAAUUCGACUCGCACCCUCGACAUCCCAACGAUCUACCCGCGUACCUACUCGUACAUAACGCGUGGUAUUACGGGCUGGAUCUGAUUAUGUCGAUCAUAAUUUUGCUGCUAGCGCUAGUCGAGGCACCGUCCGUUGAUAAUUUUCAGCUUUCCCUCGGCAUUCACGGGACAUUGGAGCUGGCGGCAUUGGCCGUAAUCGGAGUUGAGCUGGUGCUCAAACUGCGAUGGAUCGGCUGGGGGGCGGUUUUGAAACACAAGCGCACGAUGAUUAAGGGCGUCACGUUGGUUAUUAUGGUUUUGGAGGCGCUCGUGAUGCUCAUCCGGCAGUCGUCGCACUUUCGCGUGACUCGAGCGCUGAGACCAAUUUUUCUGGUGGACACGCGGGCGUGCGGCGGAGUGCGACGGUUCAUAAGACAGAUACUUCAGUCUCUACCUCCGAUUCUGGACAUGCUGGCCUUGCUGAUGUUUCUCGUCUGCAGCUACGCGUUGCUCGGGUACUUUCUUUUCGGGCACACUGCUUCGAAUCCGUACUUUAAGACGUUGACGGACAGUUUCGUUAGCAUGUUUGUGCUAUUGACAACUGCCAACUUUCCAGAUGUAAUGAUGCCGUCGUAUGCGGUUUCGAAGUGGUAUGCCGCUUUCUUUAUAUCGUAUCUCUCGACUGCUCUCUACGUUUUAAUGAAUUUGAUGCUGGCCGUUGUGUACGAAACGUUCACCGCAAUAGAAAAGGACAAAUUUCGCAAGCUGCUACUGCAUAAGCGACGCGCUUGUCAGCUGGCCUUUCGUCUGCUGGUCAGCAAACAGAACCCUUCGAGUAUACGUUUUCGGCAGUUUUACGGACUGAUGCGUUACUUCUCGCCGCGAACGAGUGCGAGGGACGUGGUGCUGAUGUUCUGGCAGUUGAACUCGUCACACAACGGCACGCUGACCUUGGACGAGUUCAUUAAUAUAUACGACGCGACGAGACUGAGAUGGCGACUGAAGGAUCCGAUCGACCCGUGGUUUUCGGCGGCGUGGCCGCCGCUUCGUUCCAUGUGUCAUGCCGCUCGCGCUAUCGUCACGUGGCGUUACUUCGAGCACUUGGUCUAUGUCAUCAUAAUCGGUAACGGAAUCGCCAUGAUGGUACGCAUAUUUAUUGCCGAAGACACCCUGGAAGCCAGCGCGCGCGGUUUCAGCGCGUCAUGGGACGCCUGUCUCUUUCUAUCACUGUUCGGAAUCGAGGCAAUUUUGAAAAUAAUUGGGCUCGGAUGGACCGACUACGUGUCAUCGGGCUGGAAUAUUUUCGACGUGAGCGUGACGUACGCUGCAAUAAUUGGCGCUGUUGUUCUACUAAUCAAGCCUACGUUUACGGCCGUUGUCGUUUUUAGGCCGUUGCGUUUGCUUCGCCUGUUCAAGCUGAAGAAGCGAUACAGAGACAUCUUUGGGACGGUAGUCCUACUCUCGCCCUUAAUGCUCUCAACCUCAAUUGUAAUGAUCGUGAUGUACUACUUCUUCGCGAUUAUCGGCAUGGAGCUCUUCUCGCAGUACGAUCUACGCAACUGUUGCGUAAACUCGACCGUUGAGGACUUUUACAGGUACAGCGAGAAUGGGACGACUGCUCUCGGCUACUACUAUUUAAAUUCGUUUUCAAAUUUACUUACAACCGGCGUCACUUUAUUCGAACUGACCGUGGUCAAUAACUGGUUUAUCACCAUGGAGGCUUUCGCUGUCGUCGCGCAUCAAUACUCGCGCAUCUUCUUCAUGACCUUUUAUUUAUUUACAAUGGUAGUCUUAACCAUAGUGGUGGCAUCUGUUCUUGAGGCGUUUCGCUUUCGCAUCCAAUACAAGAGGCAGACGUCGAAAAAGGACGAGGAAAGGAUGCUGAUGGAAGAAGUGAUCGUCGACUGGAACACGCUGCAAGGCACCUUGCAGGACUCCGCACUGCUCGACCAUCUCCGAACCGAUUUCGUUCCAGGGGGGCUCACGUCGUAUACCGGCAAACGGCCGCGCACGCGCGAGGUGCUCCAACGCCACAUGUAUUACGCGGAGAUCUCCCAGUGGAUGGCCGAGGCCGAUCAGCUGGAGAUUACCGCGGAAUUGGCGCAGACGAGCGCGAGUUAAAUUUCCGCGCCGAUCUUGUAGUGGUAUUGACCUGAUUUUGUGAUAGCCAAACCGAAUCAUAUCUACUUCCAAUUUUUUAUUUGUGAUCUCCGAUAAUACUCCCGCUUUAGUUACUAGUCGUUUUAAUUUUUAACUUAUUUAACUGUGAAAUGUAUAUAUUUGUUUAAAUAAAUUUACUAAAAAUAA